AUGGCCGACAUGAAUACGACGGACAUUUCGAAAGAAGAAGAUAAUGAACGCUUUCAAAGCCAUGGGAACCAGGCUCAAAAUACUCAGCAGGCUUCUUCAGGACCUACCGGUUUCUUUCAGAGGAUAUUUUUUGGCACGGCACCUCCUCCAGUCCGACCACAGACAAACCAGGUGGCUACCAACAUCCCUCCACCAUCAACGGACCCAUUCAGUCGUCCUUUUCCGGGAUAUAGUCAGCAACAGACAACCCAGUUUUCGCAACCGACGACGGGUCCUUUCGUUCGUCCGCCUCCUCCCCCGUAUCCCGGAGUGGGGUAUACCUCUGGAUAUGGUAUGUGA